AUGUCUUUUCUUACUCGAACUAUCAAUGUCAGCAGAACCGCCGCGAUCGUGACCCCGGUCUCACGGAUCGCUGCGGUUCGGACAUCACGCUCAUUUACCACCUCUUUGGCGGCGCAGAGGACCGCCUCCGAAGUGGUCAAGGAUGAACUGAAGCACAUCGACAGGGCCGUGAGCGAUAAGCUCGUCGACGGCAUCAACAUCGCCACCAAGGCGGGGCACAAGGUCAUGGAAACAGCCGAAGAUCUUUCCAGAAGCGGCGUCUCCAGCCAAGUAGAGGGCAUGGAAGCCCACGCCAAAGGCAAGGCAGAAGGCAUGAAAGCAGCUGCCAAAGGCAAGGCGGAAGAGAUCAAGGGAAAAGCAAAGGGGACUGCCGCCAAGGCAAAAGGCAAGGCAGACGAAACCCUAGAGGAAGUACAAAGUUUGUAUGACUGAUGGACGGCGACGGGGUGAAGGGUGUAGCUGAGAGAUUGCACGAUUGACACGAACCAUUCAUUAUGGGAGAUGAAUGUGGGAACCAAUCAUUAUCAUUGUACCAGUCAUUGCGAGUUUUGCUUUUGAUAAUUUGAUGAUUAGGGCUAUCUUGUUGUACAUUAAAUGAAAAAGUUUUUCUGAUGUCAGUGGUAUUUGGGUAUAAUUGAUUAAAUAUGUUCCCCCCCU